CCAGCUCUAGUGAGUGACAUCCAACCGCGUUGUCGCGUCUCCCCUCGCUACUGAUGUGAAGCAGAGCUCGCUUUAGGAUAUCCACGAUGUUUCAUACCAUCACUCAUCCAUAAACACACUGAUGCGAGGAAUGAACAGGGUAUUUGCUGUGGAGGAACACGAGUGGCCGAAUGAGCAGAAAUGACCACUGACACAGUUUAAACUCCUGUGGAAACCCUUUAUAAAAGAGUGGAGCAUCCCUGGAUUCAACAAUGAGAACAAUGAGGAACAAAAAGAAUGAAACAACCGACCGCUGGCAUUUAACCGGCAUCAUUUUCUUCAUCCUUGGACUGGGAACUCUAUUACCAUGGAAUUUCUUCAUGACCGCAUCAGUGUACUUCAAUAAGAGACUGAACACAUCAGUGAUGAGCAAUGGCACACUCACUGCCAGUAAGGAGUAUUAUUUCGAUAACUGGAUGACGCUGCUGUCCCAGCUGCCCCUGCUGCUAUUCACUUUGCUCAACUCCAUCCUUUACCCACGGAUAUCAGAGAAGAUGCGGAUAGCGGGCAGCCUGGUCUUCAUCCUCCUCUUUUUUAUCUUCACUGCCAUUCUGGUAAAGGUUCCCAUGGAGCAGGACUCCUUUUUCUCCAUUACCAUGGCAACCAUCUGGUUCAUCAACUCGUUUGGAGCAGUGCUGCAGGGCAGUCUAUUUGGGUUGGUGGGAUUGCUUCCUCAGAGAUACAUUGCGCUGUUCAUGAGUGGACAAGGACUCGCCGGCACCUUCGCAGCUCUCGCCAUGCUGUUCGCCAUUGCAAGUGAAGCAGAUGAAAAGACAGCAGCUCUUGGGUAUUUUAUCACUCCUUGUGUUGGGACUUUGGUAACGCUGAUAAGCUACCUGCUGCUACCCAGACUGGAGUUUGCAAGAUGUUAUCUGAACAGGAAUCAGAGUGAAAACUACGAGGUUGUAAAUUCCAGCGUGCUGCUGCCUGAAGCAAAAACUACAGAGAACAGGGAGGUAAAAGAUGCCCAGGACUCUGAACCCAAUGAGGGUUCCAGCACUUCAGACAAUGAUGGUACCAAGCAAGCCUUUGUUAGUGUUGAGACUACAGAGACUACCAAUGACAAAGAGCCAAAAAGCUCUGUACUGGAAGUGUUUAAAAAGGUCUGGGUGAUGGCUUUCUGUGUUACCUUCGUGUUCACAGUUACACUCUCAGUUUUCCCUGCUGUCACAGUGGACGUGAAGACAGUGUAUCCAGGAAAGUGGGAGUCAUAUUUUAUUCCUGUGUGUUGUUUCCUGAUCUUUAAUCUGAUGGAUUGGUCCGGCAGAACAGUCACAUCCAUCGUACGAUGGCCCUCUAAGGAGAGUAAAUGGUUUCCAGUGCUAGUGGUCUCUCGUGUGAUCUUUAUUCCUCUUCUGAUGCUGUGCAAUGUGCAAAAUCGGCGGUUUCUUCCUGUGCUCUUUUCCCACGACCUGGCAUUCGUCGUCAUCAUGAUGCUGUUCUCCUUCUCCAGUGGUUACUGUGUCUGUCUGUCCAUGUCCUACGCUCCACAGCUGGUGUCACCUAAAGAUGCAGAGACAGCCGGAGCCCUGAUGACCUUCUUUCUCUCACUGGGUCUUUCUCUGGGUGCCGCCUUGUCUUUUUUGCUACGCUUUAUCAUCUAAUGUUACACACAGUUCUCUGACUACUCACAUACAUGUGAGUCAACCAUUGAUUCAAGCAUCCUCUUCCGCUGAAUAAUCCAUCAAGUGGAUCAUCUGGUUGUCAUCCUGUUCAGGAAUAAAAAGGAUAAUAAAAGGAACAAACACAGACCAUUUUUGACUUCUAAAGAUUUAUUUUUUCAACUUAUAUUAUUAAACAGCACACAGUGUUAUGAUAAAGGACUUUGGGAUGUAUCUGAUUAGGGGCUCACACACCAAGCCGACUGUCACUACGAGAUUCCAUCAGCUUUAGUUAAAAUUUGUUCUUAGAUGAAAUUGAGGUGUUGGUUUUGGUUGGAGCUAAUUUCCUAGUGUUGGUUUUGGUUGGAGCUAAUUUCCUAGUGUUGGUUUUGGUUGGAGCUAAUUUCCUAGUGUUGGUUUUGGUUGGAGCUAGAUUUAUAGUGCUGGUUUUGGUUAGAGCUAGUUUCCUAGUGUUGGUUUUGGUUAGAGCUAGUUUCCUAGUGUUGGUUUUGGUUGGAGCUAGAUUUAUAGUGCUGCUUUUGCUUGGAGGUUGUUGUGGGAAUUCAAAAUAACCCUUAAAGAUUGACACAGACAACCGGGAUAAUGAUAAAAGCAAAUAAUCAAUUUAUUACUCAGCUGAGGGCCAAUCUCAAUGCAAACGCACACAUGCCUUUACAGGAGAGAAAGGGCGACUCUGUCUGCCCUAUCACAGUAUUUAUACCCCGUUUACUGCCCCUUCAGGCUAACUCUUCUCAGCAACCCAGCUCAAGGUCAACCUUCCACACUAAACUUGUUUAUCAUCCUACAAGAAUAGUCAGUUUGUUCGAAACAUGGCGUACUUCCACAAGAAUGCACCAGUAUCAAAACUACGCGUGCACCCCCGCACACACAGUACUGACACCCAUGCAUUCCCACGGAAGCAAGAAGCCCAUGCCAAGGUCAACAUAUCUCUGGACCUAAGAAACCUUUCAAAAGUCUCUUCUACCUCUGCUAAUUAAACUAAGAAAGCAGAAACUUAUGAGUUUAAUGCAAAUAACUAAUAAAAUAUAAAAUUUCCAUUCACAAGGUAGAUUUAUAGUGCUGCUUUUGCUUGCAGGUAGAUUUAUAGUGCUGCUUUUGCUUGCAGGUAGAUUUAUAGUGCUGCUUUUGCUUGCAGGUAGAUUUAUAGUGCUGCUUUUGCUUGGAGCUAGUUUUAUAGUGCUGGUAUUGGCUGGAGCUAAAUUUAUAAUGUUGGUUUUGGUUGGAGUUAAUUUUACAGUGUUAGUUUUGGUUGGAGCUAGUUUUUUUAUUUUUAUGUUUUUUUUUCCCUUAGCUGGAGGUAGUUUUUAAUAUUAACCUGAGUUGGAGCUAGUUCUUUAUUGUUGGUCUUAUUUUGUAGAGUUUUGAGUGUAAAGUGUUUUUGCUAUUUGGGACUUGUGUGUAGCUGCUAAUUUAAUGCUGGCCCUGCUGUUAGGUAUUAUUUAGUUAUUCAGGGCUGACCUUGGUCAGAGACAGUUUUGGUAUUGUUUUGGCUUGGUAAUCAAUGUCAACUAUAUGUGGGGGCCUUAAUGAAAAAGUCCAGUUUUGGUAACCUGAAUUAUCAGUAUUUGAACUGCAUAGCAAUAACACUUUUUAUUUUAUUUAUUUGUACUUUAAGAAUGGGGGCCUCUAUGGAUGUUUGUUAAUUUUGUCUUUUUCAUGUAAACAGAAAAACAAAUGUCUGCUAGUGGUUUCAAGGCCAGUUGUGAAAUAGGCGUAAAGCUGUUAAAAAAAGGGACGAAAAUUCUUAUCUUGAACUUUUAUUAUUUUUGCUUAGGCAGCCAUAAAUGGACAUUUCUUAUUGUGGGACACAAGAAUGUUUACCACUGUGUUACAUCAGUAUAUAUUUACAAAAAUAGUUUUUAGCUGGAACAUUAAAUGCUUUUUUUUUUUUUUUUAUUAAAUACAUGUUUAAAAAGGGAUGACUUUCUGUCAUUUUUGAUGUAAUUUAAAUUAAUUACGACAAAAAACAUGACAACCAAUUGCAUUUAUACAUAUUGUGUAAAGAAAGAACACUUUUGUUUUAUUAAAGAAUGAAGUUGAUAUAA